AUGUCGUUCUGUUUGUUGGAUCGGUUUCCUGUCGAAUUAAUUCAUCAGAUCUUUGCUUAUCUAUCAGCACAUGAAAUAGUCUAUGCAUUCUCAGGUACCACUGAAUAUCUCAAUGGAAUAAUGGCGACUUAUGAUCGAUACGUAGUUGCAUUUCAUGCUAUUACGAAAUGUCAAUUUGAUAUGAUAUGUCGUUGCUUACGGCCUGAACAAAUUCUUUCCCUCACAUUCUCCGAUGAUGAUGAAGCAUCAGAGCAAUCCGAAAUUUUCUUUUCCUACUUCAACAUCGAACAAUUUACUCAUCUUCGUUCGUUCAACACAGAAUCUAUCAACAGUGACACAUGCAACAAACUAACCCAACUACAUCAGCUCCAACAGCUAACAACGAUUAGCCUAUCUCAUUUAUUCCAGAGAGUCUGUCCAGAAUUUUGUGCAGGCAUCCAGAAACUACUUCCACAAUUGAAUCAACUAGCAGUGUACAAUGUAUAUUGCCUUUUGAGCGACCCGUUACCAAAUCUACACCAUUUAGCUUUGCGAUAUUGUGAUUGUCGGCAUUUAGUAACUAUACUCACACUGAUGCCUAACCUUCGAACAUUUGAUGUGAUAUUGACAUGCGGUGUUCGUUCACAUUGGCCGAUUGAACUUCCACCGUUACUUUAUUUGAAAAAAUUCACACUUCGAACUGAAGGUGAAUAUUUAACUUUGAGCAAAGUAGAAAAAUUCUUAUCCAAAAUACCCAAUUUGAAACAUUUCGAAUUGGAAACGGAAGGACUCAAGGAACUUUUCGAUGGUGAACGAUGGGAACCGAUUGUUUCUGGUCUUUCGAGAUUUGAUUUUCGAAUCCAUUGUAGUGACACUUCGAAUAACGUUUUUGAACGUGAACACGUCCUUCAAUCUUUUCGUUCAUUAUUUUGGCUUGAACAGAAACGUUGGUUUGUAGCUUAUUACACUCCAAACGCGCGAGAGAUUUUCACAGUUCCUCGGUUUUUAUCAACGAUUAGCAAUUAUCCGUCUGUGAAUUGGCCCCCACAAUGUACACUAACUGACUUUCCUUUUGCCAAACAUAUUACACAUCUGCAGUGUUCAGCACUUUAUCCUCUGAUCGCUGAUCAAUUCCCAAACAUAACGUCACUUACGAUACAUACAAAUCGAACGCUUGACGGCCAGACAUUGGUUCAAGUUAUUGAGCAGAUGAAAUUUUUAGAUUCAAUUUCAAUUGUAGACCUUUCAAUCGUAAAUCACAUACCGAUCAAUGUAGUCUUCGAGAAGAUUCGAAGUUUAUCAGUACAAGAAUUCAGUACAAGUGACAGUCAUCAAACAAUACACGAUCUCGAUCGAUUAUGCCUUAUUUUUCCUCGACUAGAACGCUUGAACAUGAAAUUACUCUCUCAUAUUCAUCUGUUUCGACUAAUUGAUCAGUUAAAAUAUCUAUCAAUUGCAAAAUUUGAACUCCAUCAAUCAUCGUCUGAAUCUCCUACCAUGCAGCGUAACUGGUUGAUAAAUAAUUGCCGACGUUUCCAAAUAACGGACAAUUUCACAUUCAGAUAUGUCAAUGAUACUAUUUAUUUAUGGAUGGCCACCGAGAACGCAAAUAAUCUCGAUGCAUUAACACUGACCGACACCGAACCGUUGUCUACUUGGUAUUCACGCUUGUCAUGUACUCUACAGUAG